AGCUACCGCCGACUCCUUGCCUACGCUCACAUAAACUUACAGCAGAACCCGAUUUGACCAUUAGACCAUUCAUGGCUAUCGUCCUCUACGCGAACCCAAUUUCGCAGCCCAGUCGGGCUGUCAUCAUCUUCUUUCGGCUGAAUGACAUCGAGCAUGAGACACGAGCACUGAACCUGAUUAAGGGGGAGCACAGAACGCCGUCGUUCAAAGAGGUCAACCCAUUUGGACUUGUUCCUGCAAUCACGGACAAUGGGUUCAAUCUGUAUGAAAGCCAUGCCAUUAUGAAGUACGUAGCAGCAACUCGUCCCUACAAGGAAGAUUGGUAUGCACAUGACGUGCAGAAGAGAGCACGAGUGGAUGCGCUUAUGGACUGGCACCACAACAACACACGCAGACACACCGUUGGUAUUGUGUGGAAUGAAGUGAUAUGCAGCAUGUUUGGCCUCUCACCAGAUAUGCAUCUUGCAGCUCUGUCUCGCCGGGAGUUGCAGUCAUCUCUCUCUGCUAUGGAGCGAGUGAUGCUGGCACAAGCAGACGCUUCCAAACCCGAUUCACCACGCUUCCUUGAUGCCAACAUUCAUCCCACUAUAGCUGAUCUCAGCAUCGCAUGCGAGCUGAAGCAGAUCGAGUUGCUGGGCCCUGCAGGCAAGGAAGCUGUGCUGGGAAGCCACAAGAAGGUGCAGGCGUGGCUGGAAGCAGUGAGGGCAGCAUGCAACCCAGUCUUUGACCAAGUGCAUGGGGCUUUAUAUAGGCUAGCCUCCAGGGCUGAAAAGGCAAGGAAUCUAGGCAAUAUCCAGGCCCCCACUCAAGGUGGUCAUACCGCUGGUGGUUCCCAACUCAUUGGUAGAAAGAUUCGUUCUUCCUUGUGAACCCAAGGCUGCCAAAAUCUCACGCAGAAGGGGGACUUGUACACCGUGAUUGGCCUUUCGACAUGCAUCAAUGUGGCAAUAAUAGCUUGCUACAGAUGCAUACAUCAUGAAGAGUGUACAUACGAGGGCUGGUGUCGAUAAUUCGUAGCUUCAUAUCCCUUGAAAGGGUGUUAGUGGAUUUGAUGGU